AUGGACAGCCUUAAGGGGAUGUAUUAUAUAGAUUACAUCUUGUAUAUGUAUAUAAGCCACGCUAUAUAUAAAAGCGAAAGAAACGCGCGCAUCUCGAUGCCAGACUCGAAUUUGCAAUACUUCUUGUCUAUGAUAAACAAUAUAAAAGGCCGGUUGGAUGCAAAAGGGCAUCCUCUAGAGGAGGAGAUUCUGGUAAAGUACAUUAUUUUUCUGGCGCAUUACAACAUAGUGACGAACUUCUUCACGCGAGACAUAAACAGAAAGUUCUAUAAGGUGUUUGAUUAUCUCAAGAAAAGCGAUGCAGAGUUUAUGACCAAGCUAAAGAGGGUGGUUAUAUGGGGAUACAACGGGCUUCUCGUGGAGAAAGGCGCAGAAGAGUGGGAGGAGUACUCUUUGCUCUGCCAGGAAGAGUGCGAUGCGAGGAUAGACGAAAUUAUGAAAAACGCAAAAAUUGAUGAUUCUCUGAUAGAGGGGAAAGAAAGAGAGAACUUUUUUACCGCCUUCAACAGAAAAAUGAUGGACGAGAUAGCCGAGCUGCUGAAAAAAAUGAACAUUCCUCUGCUGUCGGAGAUGAACCAGACCGGCCGGGUGAGAGACGUAAUGAAGGAGAUCUUGAGCCACGCCGGCUCGUCGACGGACACGGACAUGGUGCUGUGGCACGGCGGAUUUGACAACAGCGGAAGCGUCUGCAUAGAGUCAGAAGACGAGAACGUGUCAGAUACCGACGCCAAGCAGGAAAGGGUGAAGCCGAGGAAGCCGCUGCUCAGACGCGACGCGAUUUCGUUCACGCAGAGAUACCGGCACAUAGACAUUGAAUCGAUGUUUAGCAAGAGCCUGCAGGGGGUCGAGGUGGAGUGGGACGAAAGCAUACCCGAAGAAAAAGAAAAAAGCUACAAGAGGCAGCACAGACCAGACCCAGCAGAAACGUCUGCAAAUAUUAUAAAGAGAGUCCGCAAGUCAAAGAGGGUGUGGACUUCGAAAGAAACAGAAAUACUCAUAGACGCGAUUAAAAAGCACGGUCCUGACUGGUCGGUGGUCUACAACUCGUGCGGGUUCAAAAACACAACGCGAGAGCAGAUUAUAGACAAAUACAAAAGCUUGAUAAGGUCCAAGAAAAUAGAAAGGGUUUCUAGAAAGUUGCUGUAG